UGAUAUUAGUCACGUGUAUAAUCACGUGUUCAUGGAGUAUAAUAUAAUUUACAUGUAAAGUACAAAAUUUGACAUGAAUGAAGACAACGAAUCGAAUUUACGAAAGCUUUUCAUAGAAUCAUUAGCGAGCGAUAAUGUUUUUAUAAUAGCAACGACAAUAGAUACAGGUUUUGAAUGGCAAGCAGUGGAUGAAUGCAAAGAGAAAUUAGAUAAAAAUGUUAAGAUUGUUAAGGAACGCGGCAAGAUUUAUUUUAAUGUAUAUUGGAGUCAAUUCGCACAAGUACAAGAAAUGAGAUCGAUAGACAAUGUUUAUAUUGUCGCAGAUGUUAGAAAAUUUGAAUUCUCAGGAAAUAGUAAAGAAGCUGAUUUACAAUUAUUUAAAGAUGCUGUACAUAAUGAUAUGAAAUUAGAAAAAGCUUUGAAUACUUGGAAAAGUAUUACUGGUUUUCGAGGGAAAAUAUAUCCAACUACCGAUGAAUAUAAUGUAGCAGAAAAAGAUCGUAAGCUUUGUAACACAACUGUUACACCAAUCACGGUUAAAGGAAGAAAAAGAGGGCAAGAUCCAUCUGACACUAAGGAAGAUGAAAUAUUAAGAUAUAGAGUAACGUGUGAAAGAACUGGAAAACAUACAUUUGGAUCGGCAGAGGUUGCCAGAGCUAUUGGAGGAGAAUUGCAAGAUAAAUAUCUGUGGCUUGUGGAUCUAUCAACAUAUUAUUUAGAAGUAGUUUGUAAAGUAAUUGACAAUGAAUUGAUAACACAGUUACGUAUUACACAUGAAUCUAAGCAUCAUAGGAAUAUCAUAUGUUUUGGACCAACUACUCUUAGAGCAACUGUAUCUUAUAAUUUAUUAAGAUUAGCUCAUCCUAAUCCAGGAGACAUAAUAAUUGAUCCAAUGUGUGGUAGUGGUUCCAUCCCAAUUGAGGCAGCUUUAGUAUAUUCCCAAUCUUAUAUUAUUGGAGGGGACAAUCAUCCAAAAGCUGUACAUAACACAAAAUCUAACAUAGAGGCAUCUUCCUCUAAAUGUAAAAUUGACUUACUACAUUGGAAUGUUUCACAAUUACCUUUUAAAGAUUCCUUUGUUGAUAUUAUUGUUACAGAUAUGCCAUUUGGGAAAAGGAGUGGACGAAUGAUAGACAAUAGAAUACUUUAUAAGCAAUUCUUGAUAGAGUUAGGACGAAUUAUGAAACCCUUAAAAGGUCGGAGUGUUUUACUCACUUACGACAGGCGCAGCCUUAGUAUGGCUUUACAAGCAGCUGGAGAUUUGUUCUAUGUAACAAAAACUUUGAGUGUGAAUAUAGGUGGUCUCCAAGCUGCAGUUUAUGUCUUAAAACGAACAGAUAUACCCUAUGAACAAUUUAAACCGAAAGUUAUUAAACGCAUGAUGUGCAAAAAGAAAUAAAGUAUUCUUAUUAACUCAUGUUAAAAAAUAAA